CCGACCAAUCAAAAAACAUUGAGGGGGUGAGAGAAUAAUGGCUCGAAACGACUCGCGAUCUAGGUCGCCGUCUCACCGCCGACGAUACUCUCGCUCGCCUGUCACUCAUCGUAGCAGCCGUCGUACCAGACGCGACCGCAGCCGUUCUCCCUAUCAAUCAAGGCACAAGAAGAGCAGGUCUCCUACACCGAGGCAACGCCAAAGGGAUAGAAGUAGUUCAUCAGAGCAUAAAAUUGCGAUUGAAGUGAAGAAAGAACAGGAAGACAAGGCUAGACUGCAGCAUGAGGCUGAGCUCAAACGACUAGAAGAAGAGACUGCACGGCGGAUCGAGGAAGCAGUGAGGAAAAAUGUGGAGGAAAGGAUGAAAUCGGAAGAAGUUAAAGAAGAAAUAGAGAGGCGGACAAAGGAAGCCUAUGAAAAGAUGUUUCUUGAUGUAGAAAUACAGCUGAAGAAAGAAAAGGAAGCUGCUCUAAACGAGGCAAGAAGAAAAGAAGAACAAGCUCGGAGAGAAAGAGAAGAGCUGGAUAAGAUGUUAGAAGAAAAUAGUAGGAGGGUUGAAGAAUCUCAGAGGAGAGAAGCAAUGGAACUACAACGUAAAGAAGAGGAAAGGUAUCGAGAAUUGGAGCUGUUGCAGAGACAGAAGGAGGAGGCCGCAAGAAGGAAAAAACUGGAAGAAGAAGAGGAAGAGAUUAGAAAUUCCAGAGUGUUAUCAAAUGGAAACAGAUCACGAUCCAAGUUGCACUUCUGAAUUGGUUUAUAAUUAAGGAAUCAUCUUAUAUAAUAAAUAAAUCAUUCUAAUA